CGAUACUAUGGUGAAAUGGCAUAGCCGCGCUGACGUGCGGAUAUACGCGGUCGGCGAUUACGCACUCGUCGGAAGACGGAUCUUCUAUCGUUUCGUUUUGGCUAUGUCGCAUUUGGUGUGUAUAUGUCUGACUGAUCGCGCGCGCAUCGAUGACACACGAGAUAAACGAAGGAUGGGUUGCAUCAAUAGUAGGACGAACGUUUUUCAAGUGACAAACGUUAAUGACCAGAGUAAACCCAUUGCUCGUGGACGUUUGGAGAUCACUGAGAUAGACAUAAUAUUCCACCAGGAUAGCAAGCAGCCGACUAUAUGGCCACUGCGCUGUUUACGGCGCUAUGGGUAUGAUUCGGAACUCUUUAGUUUUGAAUCUGGUAGACGUUGUCCUACAGGUGAAGGCAUAUAUGCCUUCAAGUGUAGGAAGGCGAGAGAUUUGUUUAAUCUUGUACAAACGAAAAUUCAGGUAUCCAAAAAUGGGGAUGACGCGCUGUCGAGAGACCUUUCAAUUGCAUCGCAUCCUACUCCAGCAGUACCAAGAGUGGCAGUAGAGCCUAAUUACUUAGAUCCAAUACCAUCUAAUAGAAGUAACAGUUGCAUGGAUUCUAGAAUUAAUCAUAGUCAACAAAACGGUAUCGGAAGAUUAAGCAGUGUCGGAAGCAGCAGUGGUCCUAUAUCACCCCAGGGGACCAUGGGAUCACCCUCGCCACCUCCUAUGCUGCCGCCUCCGCCACCGAUUUCUCAGCCUCAUCCGUCCUCUUACGUCAAUGAAGAAGUCUUGUCAUCUGGCCUUACAGAACACAACAAUAACAAGAACCUUGGAAGAGCAGUACAAAGAUCACCACAGAUUACUGCUGUUGAGAAUGUGAUAUUUAAAAAUGGACUCGCAGAAACAGAAUUGAUAUCUGUUCAGCCUAGUGCAGAAAUUACCAACUGUGACCCAGCAUCGCCGUUAUCGAUUAAAGCGCCUCAAAUGAAUAUAGACAUCUGCAGCGAAACCAUCUGCAGUCGUAUCUCACCGACGCACAGUACUUCCGAAACGUAUCAAUUCAAGGAAGAGAAUAACCUAAGCGGAUCUCAACACGCAUAUAUAAACGUAAGUCCCGGACAAGAUCACAUAGAAAAGAUUGCUAUCAGGGCACGACCGCCUCCAUUACCCGUCUUGCAACCGGAUGUCGAGGAAAUCUCCAAGCAUUGUUACUACAAUUUGGAGGCAAGCGAGAUCCAAAUUUUAAAGAAGAGAUUCUCCGGCACCUCGAUAAACGAAAAAUCGCCCUUAGCCCCCUCCACGCCAACGGAAUGUCCGAUUAGGGAAAUGAAUUAUGCGGUCUUGGAUUUGGAUACGAGAGAUUCACCUGGUACGUCCGAUAACAACGCGAAUUCGCCGCCAUCUCCUCCCGAAUCUCCAAACAAGCCGCAGAUAGGCUAUGUCACAAUAGACUUCGAAAAAACGGUUGCUCUCUCGCACUCCGUCAAUCCCAAUCACGAUAACGAAGGCUCGAGGAAGACUCGUCACAAUUCCACAAUAGACGACCUGGUGACGACUGCGUGCAAGCACAAUUCGUCAAUAAGUGAGUGACAUAUUUUAUAUUUCUUAUAAUGAGACAGUGUAUCGUGUUCCUCGCUGUUCUGAAAAAAAGAGAAAUUGGAAAAGAUCGAUUUAGUUUCACUAUAAGCUUCUGAAAGUCAUUAAACUCAUUUUAAUUACUCAUUUAAUGAACUCGUUACGCUUUAAACUUUUGACAUUUCUUAGCAUAUUGGAGGCUACAUACAGUAUAGUUGAUAUACCACAAGAUAUAUUUCUAGCGUAUGAAUUUGUAUACAAAUUUUCAGUGCAUUUUAUCAGAGCAACAGUAUUCAUAAAUAAUAAGUCUUUUUUCCAAGUUGGACUAAGGCAGCAUAGAGAAAAAAUGUUUUUAUAUAUAUAUGACACAUAUAGAUAAGUUUUUAGUACUUCACACACAAAUUUUUUACAUUUAGUAUUUUACAAACUAAUGUUGGAGGAAUUGGAAGCUAAAGUGCCCUAAUCUUUUUCUGUAAAUAUUGUAGAGAUUAAUAUGGCUCAAAUGAUCGUAAUGGAGACACAAUGUGGUAUGAAAAUAUACGUAAAGAAAAUAUAUAUGAAUUUCACUGAGAUAACGGGAAUCAUAAUAUAAUGGUUAAUUUUAAGUGAUUGCUGUCAUUAAUUAGUUAUUGUAUCCAUCGCGAAGAUAACUAAUAACAAAAAAGUGUAAAUUUAUAAUAUGAAUAUUUCUAUAACAAAGUAAUCACUUAAAAUAAAAUUGCGAGUGUCAUAUUUAUUUAAGUUUGAUAUAUUUGUGAUGCAAACAAUUAAUGAUAUUAAAAAUAACGCGUAGUUGAUGCAAGAAUUUAUUAUGUUCCAAAGAUUAUAUAUAUUUUCAUUUAUAGUAAAAAUUUAUAUACGCGAUGUAUUUAGCAUUAUUUAUCCACUAAGAUAUUAAUGAUUCAAGUUGAUUUACCAACUUUUUCUUCCGAUAAAACUCUUAAUCUGCUGUAAUAAAACGCUGCAAUACACAUCCAAGAUGUAAAUAAGCAUACAUCUUUUAUGGAUAUAAUAAUCAUUAAUUUUUUUAUAGAUAUGUAUAUUGUUAUCUAUUAUAUUUACAGUUUAUUAUUAAAAGUGAAAUUUAAACCAAAUACAUUAU